AUGGAAGUGGAGAAGAUGGAUGAGAAUGAAUGGAAGUACCACGGGGAGGGCAACCAGAGCCUCGUCGUCGCGCAUUGCCAGCGCUGUGCGGUGCUGCGUUUUUUGAAGUUCCCCCCACACCAGAAUAAGACAUCAGAAGAAAUACUACAUCAUCUGCAAAACAUUGUGGAUUUUGGAAAACAUGUUAUGAAGCAGUUCUUUGGGGAGAAUUAUGUUCAUCAUGGGGAAAUUGUUCAACUGCCUUUAGACUUUAUAAGACAGCUGUGUGUGAAGAUUCAGCCAGAGAGGCCAGAGUCUCGCUGUGAUAAAGACAUGGACACUCUCAGUGGUUACGCCAUGUGCCUUCCUAAUCUUACCAGGCUGCAGACCUAUCGUUUUGUGGAGCAUCGGCCAAUCCUCUGCAUAGAGAUUAAGCCAAAGUGUGGCUUCAUUCCCUUUUCCAGCCAUGUUUCACAGGAGAUAAAGCACAAGGUGUGUCGUUAUUGUAUGCAUCAGCAUUUAAAGGUAGCAAAUGGAAAAUGGAAGCGACCAAGUAAAUAUUGUCCAUUAGAUCUCUUCUCAGGAAAUAAACAGAGAAUGCACUUUGCUUUGAAGAGCUUAUUACAGGAGGCACAGAACAACUUGAAAAUAUUUAAGAAUGGUGAACUAAUUUAUGGCUGUAAAGAUGAUCAGGACUCUGUUUCUGACUGGAACGARCUUGCCCGUCACUUAAAACCUUUCUUUUUUCCUUCAAAUGGCUUGGUCAGUGGGCCGCACUGYACAAGGACAAUUGUUAAAGAACUGAUCCAUGUUAUAACUAUGGCGCUACUAAGUAGUACUGAAGCCUGCAGGGCAGGUGAUAUGAGGACAGUUCCCAUUUCACAUGGAAGAAGCUACUGUGAAGCAAGUGCUUUUAAUAAGGAGCUAGUAAGAAAUGGGAAACAUAAAUUGGAAAGCUCUGGCUUACCGAGGGGCUGUCUCCUUUAUAAAACUCUUCAGGCUCAGAUGCUUGACAUGCUGGAUAUUGAAGGACUCUAUCCUUUGUACAACAGAGUUGAACAGUACUUAGAGGAAUUUCCUGAAGAGAGAAGUACGUUGCAGAUAGAUGGACCUUACAAUGAAGUAUUUUAUGAGAAGCUGCUAGAUCUUUCAACUGAAGAUGAUGGAACCGUAGCAUUUGCGCUAACAAAGGUGCAGCAGUACAGAAUAGCAAUGACUGCAAAAGACUGCUCCAUCAUGAUUGCCCUUUCACCUUGUCUACAAGAUGAAUGCUCUGAGCAAAGACCUGUGGUACUAACAUCCAAAUCAAGAUUCACCUUUUCUGUUUCUGUUCUGGACCUUGAUCUUAAACCGUAUGAAAGCAUUCCUCAUCAGUACAAACUUGAUGGCAAGAUAGUAAACUACUAUUUGAAGAAUGUACAGGCCAAAGAUGACCCUGUUAUGUCCAGUCUCUUCAAGGAGAAUGAAGACUGCACAUUAGUUCUCCAUAAAGUGUAACAUUUUCUUUAAGGUUAUUUUUAUUUGAACACAUUAGAAAUUGAAAGGUUAAUGAAAUAAUUAUGGUGAUUUUUUUCUAUUGUGUUCAGUGCGUUUUUCAGCUGUGAAUGUUUUUGCUUUAAGAAAUGAUUUCUAAUUGGUAUGCCUUUUCAAAGACAUGGAAUAGCACUAAACACGUUUGCUAUAUAACCUUAAUGAAUGUAUUCAAUAUGGCAGAAGAGAGAAUGUGCCAUACCUUGGAACUAAAGGACAGAGCAACUUAAUUCUACAAGUCCACUUCCUUAGAACUGAAAUAACACAGAAUUAGAGGUUUCCUGAAAUAUUGCACUAGUAUACAAAAAUUAAUACUAAGAGGAGAACUGCCUCAGAGCUUGUGCUUUUUGAGUCUGACACAUAGCUUACUAGGAAGAGGGAAUGCGUUGACAAAAACCUAAUAUAAAACUUAAGCAUUAAGUCCACUGAAGACAGAGCUGAAGCRGCUAUUAAAGUGUUGCUGAUACAUGGAAGGACCAUGUUAUUGCAGAACACUUUAAAUACUAAUGCAUGAGCUUAAGAACUCCAGAAUGCCUCCAGAAGUUUUGUGGUCACUUUGUAUCUCCUAAAGCUUCUGAAACUAAGUGAAAAGGGUUAAAGGUAAGCAUCUUCRAACUUUAUAUGGCUGAGCUUAACUAGUCUGACACAUUGGUCUUUUUUCUCUACAAGAUAUGCUGCUAUUUGGAGAUGAAACCACAGCUUGCUUUCCUGAGUUGAAUUGAGCCCUAGGAAUUAUGUAUUCAGAGUUGUCCAGAUUAUUUUGGGUCUUUCAGACAGUGUCGAAUGUUGGUAUUAUUUCACUGWCAUCCUAUAGAUUAGGAUUAUCUGCAUCCUAUAUAUAUGCAUCACAACCAACUGCUUUCAGGCUUGUUUUUUGAAGUGAUAUACAGAGGAAAGGUGACAGGAACUGGUUUUGGUUUUUUUGAAAUUGUAGGGAGUCGCUUUCUGAGGGUGAGCACUGGAGCUGAGUUUGCAUCAGUACUGCAGCAAUAUAAAGAUGGCUUUACUUUGUACAGUAAAUAUUUGUACUUGCAAGUGAAUUUGUGAGAUAGUGCAGUUAGCCAUCUUCAAGGCAGACCUCAAGUUACAAGAUUAAGGGUGUAUUCAAAAUCCUGAUUAGGCUGAUAAAUAUCUCCAGGGCCUCUUCUUCCUGUGUGUUGAGGUUUACAGGCCCUGAACUGUGCAAAGAGAUGCUAUUCAAGCUACAGUCAAAUGCUGUUAUCUGUAUACAGUGUGUGUGUCCUGGUAAUGUUUUUCAAAAUGAUGUAGGUUAUCAUUUAAAAAUAUAUAUAUCAAGAUCUUAAUCUUUGUUGCAUUUUAUCUGAAGUUAAAAAGUAAAAGCGGAAGAGUGCAGCCCUGCAGCCUGGCACAACUGAAGGUAGAAAUAUGGAGUAAYACCACUCAGAGCAAUACUGUUUUACAGGAGGAAUUGAACCACCUCAGCAAGCCUGCAGAGUCCAGCUGCAGGCGAUAGUGUGCCUUUCUGGUGUGGGCUGCUCUUCGGUUAAAUGUGAUACUACAACAGUGUGAUAAGCUGGUAAUUUACAGUACUAACAACUCUAUACAUCUAAAGAAAAGAUGUAAAAGAAAUGUAAAAAAAAAUUUCUAAAAACAGAAAUCCUGCAUGAGUUAGACAAAAGACAAAGGAUUAUCCAGAGCUGAAAAAAUAAGUUUUCAGUUCUUUACACUGUAACUUUACACACAUUUCAUGUGCAAAUACAAGUGCAUGUGGUGAGUAAACAGGUUUCAUUUGCAUCCAAGAAGGAUCUGUACAUGAAGCUAACUAAAGGUUGCACAAAGCUAGCAAACACAAACCAGUAACAUGUCAGUGGAUAAAGUAGCGAUGAAUUUUGCUUAUCUGCUGGCAUCCAAACUUGAAAAUAGUCUCCCUUACAUCUAAAAAGACAAAUUUGUAACAUAAGAGUUACUGUUCAUCCAAACUUGAUUCUGGCAUCGUUCAGCUGUAGAGUGACACAGUCCAGUCUGUUCCUUCCAUUUUACUCGCCUUACCAGAACAGUAGGAGACUAUUUAUUUCAGUGAUUGAAUAGUGGAAUAUUAAAAUUACAGUAUUUAAAAUAUGACUGAUAUUUCAAUUCUUAUCUACCUAUUUCACCAUUGCUCUACAAUCCUUUGUAAUGCAUUUAAAAAGAUAACUAACCUACAGAGCAGACAUUUGUACUGUUUGCAUGCUUAUAGCAUCUAUGAGCCUAAAAAGGCCUUCUCCUAGUAUUCUAGAACUAGUGAAGAGUUCAUAUGGCCGGCGUAUUUAGCCUCAUGAUUGCAGGAAUAGCAGCUGUUACUCUACRUAGUUGCACAGCCUGUUUUGGCCCGGGCCCUUUGGCUGUGAUAGACAGUGCAGAACAGUUUGUAAAGGAGCUAAUGUACAGCUUGUGGAAGUGAAGGACGAUUACAAGACACCUCUCUGCUUUGUUUCUUUAGGGACAAACAACAUAUGAAAUGCAAUKCCUUCCUACUGUGUUAUGUGCUUGAUUUUUUCCACAAAAAGUAGAAAGUCAAAAUGAAGUACUUCUGUGAGCAGUAGUUAAUUCUCCCAUUUCUUUUUACAAAAGUACAAUGGUCUUUCUUGUUUAAAGUUUCCAUUCCAAUUAACGCUGUCUCUCCUCCAACUCUUAAAUUAUUGAAAAAUGUUAUCUCACACAGUUGCUUUUUAACAUAACUUAAAAGCUUCAAAUUAUUUGUCUACUUCCACUUAAUUUAAUAACAUCAUUACUU